AUGAAAGACAGAAAUUCGAAUGAAAGAUCCAAUCUAACUACAAAUGCUAUAAUUAGUCCGGAAGAACGAAAAGCGGCCAAACUAGAAAAGAAAGCAGCCAAAUUGGCUAAAUUCUUAUCUAAGACUAAAAUAUCACAAAAUACGACCCAAUCUACGCCUAAGCGUAAGAUCGAGUUUGCCGCAGCCACCGAAAUAGUUGAGGGCGAGAAGAAAGUAGUUAAUCGUUUAGAAGGUCAAUUUAAUCCAUUGCAAGUUGAAGCCGGCUGGUUUGCCUGGUGGGAGAGACAGGGAUUCUUUAAACCCGAGUAUACGACUAAGAAGAAGAACGGUCAGUGUUUUACUAUUGUCUUACCACCACCUAAUGUAACUGGUUCCCUUCAUCUUGGCCAUGCUAUGAUGGUUGCAAUUGAAGAUUCAAUUGUGCGACGUAAGCGUAUGCAAGGAUAUGAGACUCUCUUCCUACCCGGUACAGAUCAUGCCGGUAUAGCUACUCAGGUCGUAGUAGAACGUUCUUUAGCUAAGGAAGGCCUAACCAGACAAGGUAUUGGUAGAGGUGCUUUUUUAGACAGAGUCUGGGAGUGGAAAGAUGCUUAUGGCAGUCAAAUAGGCCGGCAAUUCCGACGGUUAGGUGCUAGUUUAGACUUUAGUCGAGAGAAGUUCACGAUGGAUCCUGACAUUAGUGCGGGUGUAACUGAAGCUUUUGUUCGGUUUUAUGAGAAGGGUUUGAUUUACCGUGGGGAGAGGAUUGUUAAUUGGUGUGCUAAGAUUCAGACGACUUUAAGUGAUUUAGAAGUUGAGUAUGUUUCAGUUGAACCGUAUCAAGAGGUUAAGACUGAUGGUAGUAAGCAUGUGUUUGGUAAGUUAUUUACGGUAGUUUAUGUAGUUGAGUUAGCAGAUGGCCGGCAAGAAAAGGUUAAUGUUUCAACUACCCGACCGGAAACAAUUAUAGGAGAUGCAGCUCUUUGUGCCAAUCCAGCUGAUCCGCGUUAUAGUCAUUUUAAGGGUGCUAAAGCCAUUAAUCCUAUGAGUGGGGCUAAGAUACCUUUCUUGUUUGAUGAGGCGGCUGAGAUUGAGUUUGGGACGGGUGUGUUAAAGAUCACUCCAGCCCAUGAUGCCGUUGAUUUUGCCGUAGGUAAAAAGCACAACUUACCGAUCGUAUCAGUACUAGAUAAGGACAACCGUCUUACACAAGGUCCAUUUGCCGGACAGCUAAGAUUUACAGCUCGAUUGCAAACAGUGGAGUUACUGCGUAAGAACGGACAACUAGUUGCUGAAGAAGGACAUGCAGGAAGUAUUCCUAUUUGUUCACGAACGGGUGAAGUAGUUGAGCCACGAGUUGUCCCACAAUGGUGGAUGAAAUGUUCUGGUCUGGCUAGUGAAGCAUUAGCUGCUACACAAGCAGGUAAGCUACAGAUUGCCCCGGCAGAAAUGGAGAAGACUUGGGCCAACUGGCUAUCAGAUACGCGGGACUGGUGCUUAUCCCGGCAAUUAUGGUGGGGACACCGUAUUCCAGCGUAUACGGCUAAUGGCCAGUGGUAUGUAGCUCGGACUCAGGCGGAAGCAGAAGCCGCUGCGGGUGGUCCGGUCGUGCAGGAAGAAGAUGUGCUGGAUACCUGGUUUUCAUCUGGUCUAUGGCCUUUUAUAACUCUAGGCUGGCCGGCGGAAACAAGUGAUUUCCUUAAGCGGUAUCCAACUACUAUUCUGGAAACGGGUAAAGAUAUUAUCUUCUUUUGGGUGGCUCGAAUGGUUAUGAUGGGCAUUGCUUUAACGGGUAAGUUACCAUUUGAUACGGCACUUUUCCAUAGUAUUGUUAGAGAUGCCCAUGGCGAGAAGAUGAGUAAAAGUAAGGGUAAUGUCAUUGAUCCGGUUGACGUCAUUACGGGCACAGAUUUAGCUAGUCUGAUUGAUCGGUUAAAAUCUGGUAAUUUAUCGCAAUCUGAAGUUGUUAAGGCGGAGAAGAACUUAGCUAAAGAGUAUCCCCAUGGCAUUGAGGCAUGUGGUAGUGAUGCUUUACGUUUUGCUUUACUAUCUAGUGCUUCGCUUGGUCGGGAUGUUAACUUAAGUAUUGAGAAGGUUGUUAGUUGCCGGCGGUUUGUCAACAAGUUAUGGAAUGCCAUGAAGUUUGCUUUAGCUCAACGUGGUACUCAGCCUAAUGAUACGCCUCGUGCUCAGUUCAAUACGGCACUAGAUACUUGGAUUACGGCUCGAUUUGCGCAAACUGCCCAACGAGUAAACGCGCAGAUGGAAGUGUAUGGGUUUAUGAAAGCUACAGUUGAGCUACACCAAUUCCUCCUUCAUGAUUUCUGUGACUUUUACGUUGAGAUGUACAAAGGCCGGCAAGAUUCUGCUGGUCUAGCUACUCUUCAGAAGAUUGUUCGAUCCUAUCUUAUCCUUUUGCAUCCUUUUAUGCCCUUUGUGACUGAGGAGAUCUACCAGGCCAUGCAAGUGCAGUGGCCCAGUUCAGAUGACCCUUGGAUGGAAUCUAUUUGCAUAGAAGCCUAUCCAGAGCCGACUGACCUUCCAGAAACAUCUGAGGCUAUUGAGCAAGCCAUUACUCUGAUCAAAGAUAUUCGAUCAACGGCUAGUACAUUGACUAAUCCGCAAGUAGCCACGAUUGUUCUUUCGGGACCGACGCAAAUCCUGCAGGGUGCCCCGGAAACACUCACUCGUCUCACUGGUCUUGAAAUCCAGUACGCCACUACUCUUCCUGAUGGCACGCCCUCUGGCUCGGCCUCUUUCCUUGUCCAAGCUCAACCUACUUCUACCGACUAG